AUUCACAGAUGGCGUAAAUAUCGAAUAUAACCUAAAUUACUCAUGUGAUGAUAUAAGAGGCUCUCCACCAAAUUUAGGCGAAAUAAACAGUGUUUUUUAAAAAAAUUUUCCCCUAAAUUUAACUUUAAAAAGUGAUUCUGCAACACAAUGGCCGCCACAGUUUUUGGAAAACGUUUUGUCGACUUGGGAAGAACACUCAGAAAUGCAUCUACUAUGUCAGCUUUUGAACUUCAACAUAAAACACCAUUAGUUCGAAAACAAACUCCAAUUCCUAUUGCAUUAUAUGGUGGUCGUCAUGCAGUAACAAUGUUACCUGGUAGCGGUAUUGGCCCAGAACUUAUGAAUUAUGUAAAAGAUGUUUUUCGAUAUGCCGGCGCACCAGUAGAUUUCCAAGUAGUUAAUAUUGACCCGAAAAGUGAUGAUAACCAAGAACUAGACUACGCCAUCACGUCAAUUAAACGAAACGGCGUUGCUAUUAAAGGAAACAUCGAGACGAAAAGCGAAAGCGCUGAGGUUCAAUCGCGUAAUGUUGCGAUUAGGAACGAAUUAGACUUAUAUGUUAAUGUUUUGCAUUGCAAAUCGUUCCCCGGGGUUCAAGCCAGACAAAAAAAUAUUGAUAUUAUGAUUAUUCGUCAAAAUACGGAAGGGGAAUAUGCUAUGUUAGAACAUGAGAGCGUUGAUGGCGUUGUUGAAAGCAUGAAAGUGGUAACUAAGUCAAAUUCAGAACGAGUUGCACGAUGGGCUUUCGAAUACGCCAGAAGGAAUGGAAGAAAAAAGGUUACAACAAUACACAAAGCAAAUAUUAUGAAAUUAUCCGACGGAUUAUUCUUAGAAACAUCCCGUCGCAUCGCUAAAGAAUACCCAGACAUAGAACACAACGAUAUGAUCAUCGAUAACUGUUGCAUGCAACUCGUUUCGAACCCACACCAAUUCGAUGUGAUGAUGAUGACAAAUCUUUACGGAAGUAUUGUUUCGAACGUCGUUUGCGGAUUAAUCGGAGGCGCUGGACUUUUAUGCGGAAAGAAUUAUGGGGAUCACUACGCCAUUUUCGAACCUGGAACUCGUAACACCGGAACUGCGAUUGCCGGAAAAAACAUAGCCAACCCCAUUGCGAUGUUAAAUGCUUCCGUGGCUAUGUUACAACAUUUGGGACACACCCGCCAUGCCGAAUUAAUUGAAAAUGCUAUUUUGAGAACUAUUUGUGAGGAUAAUAUUCGUACUCCAGAUUUGGGAGGAUCAAACAGCAGUACAGAUGUGGUUCAAAGCAUAAUUGACCAUAUUUUGCAAGCAGACAUCCGCGCCUGAGGAAAAUUUUGGGUUUACUGCUACAGGUGAACGAAUGUUAAGUAUUAUUUAUUAUUAAUAUUAUUUAUAACUAAUGUAUGUAUAUUAGUGUACAUUUAAAAAAUUACGCAUGCGCAAAACGUUGAUUUUUUAAAUGAGAUUUAUUUUUUGGUGUUAUUUUUGAAGUAAAACAAUAGAGUGUUAUUGAAAAUGGAAUGUAUUGCGUUUCAAUAAAUAUUACAAACGUA